GGGUGGGUGAGUUCCGGUAUUUCAGGGCGGAGCAGGCGGAAGUAGGGUGAGGAGCGGCUACAACGCCGAGCGGAGAAGGUAGGACCCCGAAUUCCAGAAGCAGCUGGGUGGGCACCAUGGCCGGGAUCACCACCAUCGAGGCGGUGAAGCGCAAGAUCCAGGUUCUGCAGCAGCAGGCGGAUGAUGCCGAGGAGAGGGCCGAGCGCCUCCAGCGGGAAGUGGAGGGAGAAAGGCGGGCCCGGGAGCAGGCUGAAGCCGAGGUGGCCUCCUUAAACCGUAGGAUCCAGCUGGUUGAAGAGGAGUUGGACCGUGCUCAGGAGCGCCUUGCCACUGCUCUGCAGAAGCUAGAGGAAGCAGAAAAGGCUGCUGAUGAGAGCGAGAGAGGUAUGAAAGUGAUUGAAAACCGAGCUCUAAAAGAUGAAGAGAAGAUGGAACUUCAGGAGAUCCAGCUAAAGGAAGCAAAGCACAUUGCCGAAGAGGCAGACAGGAAGUAUGAAGAGGUGGCUCGUAAGUUGGUGAUUAUUGAAGGAGACUUGGAACGCACAGAGGAACGGGCCGAGCUGGCAGAGUCCCGUUGCCGAGAGAUGGAUGAGCAGAUCAGACUGAUGGACCAGAACCUGAAGUGUCUGAGUGCUGCUGAGGAAAAGUACUCUCAGAAAGAAGACAAGUAUGAAGAGGAGAUAAAGAUUCUUACUGACAAACUCAAGGAGGCAGAGACCCGUGCCGAGUUUGCUGAAAGAUCGGUAGCCAAACUGGAAAAGACCAUUGAUGACUUGGAAGAUAAGCUGAAGUGCACCAAAGAGGAACACCUCUGUACACAAAGGAUGCUGGACCAGACCCUGCUGGACCUGAACGAGAUGUAGAGCACCCCCUAUUCCCCGCCCUGCCACCGCUCCUCCCUCUGACCCUGACUCCGCCCGAGGCCAGCCUGCCUGAAGCUGACCUUGAAACCGAGGGCUGAUCUUUUUAACUGAAGGCCGCUUUCCCUCCUGCCACCCCUCUACCCUUCAUGUCUUUUUCAUAAAACUGUGUCAGCCUCUUCCCAGAGUUCCCAGCUGGAGGGGCUGAGCACCUUUGGGAACAAUAUUUAAGGGAGUGUGAGCACAAUGCAUUUGUCUUCAGUGCUCUUGGGAUCUGCACAUUGUGAUUCCUUUUGUCUUAGCGACCAUUGUAACAUUCCAAGCACUUCCACAGCUUGGAGCAGCAGCCCAGUUCCUUGUCACUGUUGGAAGGUGACAUGCCGGCCUAAUGGAUACUGCUCUCUCCAUAGAGGAGGAACACAGGACAGCCAGCAGAGCCCAGCAGGCUCCACUGUGGGACACCUCAGUUCUCUGCACCAAGUCCUAGCCAAACAACAGGGAAUUCUAGGAAGUUAGCCAGAAACAAAAACUCUUCCGGGCUGUGAAGGUUCCAUCUUUGAUAUCUUUGAACAACUUUAACCUUGUUUUUUAUGUUUUACUUCUUCCAUCAGUCGUGACCAAAUGAGCCGGUGAGGCAUCACAGAUGCCUCACCCCCAGGCCUUGUACAUGCCAGGCAAGCAUGCUACUGCGCGGCCCCAGCCCCACUGGUCUCUCCUCCGCCCCUUCCUAACUGCUCACACGGAUCAUGCUGCCCCUUAGUGUUCACCUGCCCCGAGGGAGAAAGAAAAGGAAGAUUAUGUUCGUGCCACUGAUUUAGCCAUGUGGACGUCAUCUCAUUGCCUUUCCCGAAGCUGCUGUCUCUUAAAGUGCCAUCUCAUUGUGCUUCGUAUCAGCCAGUGCUGGAGGAAUCUUGAAUAGCUUAUGUAAAAAACUUUUUAAAUUUUAUAUUAUUUUGAAAUUUUGCUUUUGGGGACUUGGGUUAUCUUGGUCAACCCAUUGGCUGUGAGAAUCCUUUGCAGUCUGUGGGCUGGCAGUGUGCCGAUCUUUCGAGUGUCCCCGCCCAGUCACCGUGUUCAGGCAGUCUCUUCGAGGCCUGUUCCAGGUGGACAUGCUGCAGCUUACUGGCUUGUUUGUACUCCUGUCCAGAGAGAACCUCAUAGUGCAACUGUUUUGAUACUGAAUAUCAACUCGUGACAUUUUAAAAUAAAGAACCAGUCCUUCAACCCU